AUGAAUCAUUUCAAGGCUUUGGUUCUUCUGUUUUGCUUGGCUAGUGUCUUGUUCUCCUUAUCUGAAGCAUGGUUUAAUUCGGCAAAGGUUGGACAAAGAAAGAAUGGAAAACGUAAGGAACAUGUUUAACUUUCUCUUAAAAGUUGAAAUGUAAACUGCCUUUAACUAAAACUCUUUUUAUCGAAGAGCGCUUUCAAUUUGUCAGAACUGGCCGGCCGGAUCAUUGCCCGAUCAGUCAGUUAGCAAAUGAAAUCGACUUUUUCCAAGAGUUUUGCUGAAAAACCAUUCUCCUUCGUGCGUACUAUUUGACUGAUCUGGCUGGAUAGUUUUGAUUAAAAGUAAAAUUCUCGUAAUGACGGGAAUGGUCUAGCCGGUCAGUUGUGACAAAUAGAAAGCGCCCUUAGAGUAGUCAGGUUUGGAGUGAAUGCGUAAUUUUGUCUUUUUAAUUGAAAAGAAAAAAGAAAAAAAAUUGUCUGAAAUGGGAUUGAAUUGGUGACGAUAAAACUGAGGCUAUGUUCACAGUACACCGGACACCCCCGGCACGAAAACAAUACCGGAUAUAGGGCUCAUUUCUGUUCACGCGCGAUUUCUGUAACGGAGCAAAGCUUUGUAUCGUCGUUCGAAUCAUUGCAUAUUGGAUAGGCUCUGUGCUACACUUUUGUACACUGUAAACAGGUAAUUGAACAAGUAGGAACGAGGAAUGGAAUCCGCUAGAUUCAGGAGCGAGGACUAGGAUUUAGUUCACCUGGCUAGACUACGAGUAGUCUCUCUUUCUUCUUGGGCCGCGCGAGACACGAAAAUGACCACGCGCGUGACUGAAGGCGCGAGACGGGAGAUGCACGAACUCUUUUUGUGGCUUACUGUCUCAGGCAGACGAAAAUUAACUCCCGGGCGGAGUAUGGGGGUAUUCAGUGGACACGAUUUUAACUGGCUCAAUUUGUUGAAAAUGCCAAGAUGCUUAUUAUCAAUUCUGUAAUACACUUUUCUCUUUUUGUCUAUACUCUUCUUGCUAGAGGCGCCAACUUGAAAAUCCAAGCUGUUUUAAAUAAAAGAUGGCAGAUUUCCCUCUCAUAAUAGUUCUUUUUCGCAAAACAAAAGCGUUUUUUCGGACGCCAGAAAAACUAGAAAUAAAUACACGCGAUUUUCGCACAGUCCGAUAUCAUCUGUUUAUUGUAUUUACGUUCGAGAAGGGAGAGUAACUACCAAGUUAUCGCUCAAGAACUUAGCUCCCAUACCAAGUGGUGGUUGCAAAGCGAGAUGCUUCACUGGACAGCAAAAAAAGUUUCUUUAUUUUACCGCAAUUCGUUCUAGUUUUACUCCGAGGUUGACCGAUAUGGGAUCUGUCGAAUGAUAUGGCCUUGUUUAACGCAGGGUUACCUGAUAAAAGUGGACAAACUUGGAAAUAUCCCAUCGAUUUUUUGCUAUAAUAGCUAAAUGGAAUAAAGAUUUGUUUGCAAACAGAAAUCUGCCUUUUUCCACCACGGGCGGACCAUUUGAAUUUUGAGGGGUGGGGCGCGGGAGCUUGGAUGAUUUGAGAAAUAGUCUUGCAAAGAGCGUCUGGAGAAGCUUAUUGUACUAUGCACUGCCAACUUUGCACAUAACAUUUUGCAACAGAUGACGGUUAGGGUUGAUUUCUAGUGUCGCCUAAUUUUACGUGCUCACGUGCGUAACAUUUUACAUUCGCAAAUAAAACAGAGACAAUACAUGAAAGGUUGCUCGUAAGCCUAAAGGUUGAUCCUUGCUGAAAUUUUCGUUUAAGCUCAGCAUUUUUUAACUUACCUCUACAUUAUUUACGUGAUGAAAAUUUACGUGCGUUAACGUGCGAAGCCAAAAACGCGUCAGUGGGAAUCAACCUCUACAGUAACAAUCUGCUUGUUUACCUGCAGAUCUUAUCACAGCCAUCUUUUUUGUAAGUCAGCGGUUAUUUUCUGUCUUUCUAGCUACACCUAAAAAAAUUAGACUGCCUCAGAGGAAUUGCCCGAGCAGUCACGCCAUCGACACUGUCACUCGUUUCACCAAGAGCAACAACCACAACAACAGCAUUGAUGGCAAUAACCGCAACAUUGAAUAUUCUAAAUCAGUCAGUUUUUGUUGAAUUUUUUCUGAAUUGCGCUUAUUUUCUGUUUUAACAUUGAUUGCUAUCGGUUAGUGAGGUUAUUUGCAAAUUGGUCUUUACUCCUCUUCUUUGUCCGUCAUUUUUCAAAUUUGGUGGAAAACGUUUGCACAUAACGUAUGCUCAUGUGAAAUAUCCUGGGAUUUUCCGUGACGCUUAAACAACAUGCUGAACCAUAGAAUCGUGUCCGCCGAACACCCCAAUACUGCGCCCCGGAGUUAGUUUUUCCCAUUUACAAAAGUUGUCUUAAAGCGCUGUGUGUUUAUUUUUGCCAAAAGGAACCAUACCUUACUUCACUUGCAUUUCGUUUCUUUUCGCUCUGGUAUUAUCCGACUUGGGGGAUGUUCAUCUGUACUGAUUGAUUUCUGAAAAGUAGAGCGAUCUUGGCUUGCCAGUACACUAAAAAUGUCUACUGGAUAUCCGGUAUAAUGUGAACCUACCCCAAAACCGAAAAGUUAAAACUUUUUCCCGCCAAGAUAAUAUCCUAAAAUGACUCAGUUUGGUAUGUCCGCGGCUAAGAUGUAUAAAAAUGUUUACAGAUUUAACCGUAUUAAUAGCUGGAGAUACUUCACUCAUUAGCGACAUAGAGAAAACCUUCCGUAAAUGAUCUCAGAUAGUUUAGCCCCUGACUUGUUGGUGCGGAAACGCUUGCAACGUAGGCCAUCAUGUGACCGCAUAGUCUCCUUCGCAGCCGUUAUUAGGGUUGUCACUCGUCACGCAACGUCUGCGAAGGAGACUAGUAACUGCAAUAUUGCGCAAAAAAAUUAACUGUUAGCUUCUGUUAGCCUGAAUUUCAUCCGAUUGCUUCGAGUCAUUUUCUCUCCAUCUCAGUUACUGAGGGAGUAAUAACGACUCGCAGUAAUCGUCUGAAAUUCAGGCUAGGUUUGUGUUGACUUCUUUAGUGUUUCCGCCGUCUCGGUGCACCACUGCAAGCGACAAUUGUUUUCAAAUGAGUGUUGAAACUUGUCGCCACAAUAAAGGCAGAAACAUGUUCAACGCAACAUGUCACCGUGGUUGUUUACCAUUUAUAACAAAAUUCCGGAAAUUUUAGUUGGAAAUUUUCGAUCGGUAAGAACGGUCCGUGUCGUUUACCGUUUGCCUAAAAUUUCCGGAUUGUCGCUACGCGCUAGACUGGAUUCUAGUUACAACAUGUAACUAGAACGAAACUCAAGAAACUUGUAAAUGGUAAACGAAUUUCCAUUUGGAACGUCCCAGGCAACCGGGAAAAUGGGACUACCUUUUCAGAAUUUCGGUUUGUCCCGGGAAUUUUCUAGCCUGCUUAUUGUUGGGCGCGCUAAGUAAUAAAGGCGGGCGAGAGCAGAGAAACCGCGAGGAGAUUGGGGGCGGGAGCAACUUUUUCACGCAGCUUCGCCGCUCGUUCCCGCGCGCUUCGCGGCGAAUUUUGCGACCCGCGGCUUCGCCUCUUGUGCGCCCGGCUCGACAAAACCGCCAUAAUACGCAAACUAGGAAUUUUCCAGUGGGACGAGCCGUUUACCAUUUACAUCUCACCCGGAAUUUCCAGGAGUUUGUUCUAAAUGGUAAACAACCCGUGUCAGGGGCACCCAACGACGGUUUCCUCCUUAAUGUAUUGAAAAGUCAUUUUAGGCUAUUCAGAGUACUUAAAGAUCUCUUCUAGAAAUGCAUUCUAAGCGGCGCUAUAAAAUUUGUACGUUUUCGGUCAUCCUAGGGAAACUUGAGUCUCUUCGAAAUUACGAGGGCUUCAGUGUUAUUUUCCCGAAAAUUUUAGAUGCAAUUAAACGUGUUACGAAAGUGAGAAUUUUUCUUGUUCCUCUCUCCAUCACACCCUUGAAUUCGAAAAUUUUAGGUUUCCUUUUUCCAAGAAAAUUAGCCUAACAUAAGGAGUACAAUAUGAAAAAUUAAACUUCAGAAAACCGUGCGGAAUUUUUGAGACAAGCUUCGAAAAUUGUACCUGAAUGGAACGCUAAUCUAAAAAUUUUUUGCCCUAUUCAAGCAAUAGAACAUUCUAGGUAAUAUUUGUUUCUCCAAACAGAUAUUUUACAGAAAACAGUCGUUGGGUGCCCCGGCCCUGCCCCGUGUCUGAGGCUAUGUUCAUGGUAUGAACCACUAUCCGGUAUGUGACUCUCCAGUUAGUCCGUACUUAGUAGAGGUCGCGCGCCGAAAUCACCGUUCUUCUGUGUGAAGAGAGGCCGUUUUCGUGCCGGCGUAAAAGUUAUCCGGUAUCGUUUGAACAUAGCCUUAAUGUACUCGUUUCUCUGUAGGUGGUUACAAGAUGUCUAGCAAGAAAUCUGACUACGCAAGUGAUCGCCUUGGAAUGGCUGAAGAUGAUGCGGUGAGAAUGAAAGCAAGGCGAUACCACGUGAGAGAACAGGAUAACCAACCAAACUGGAAAUGAAUUUGACAAGCGCAGGACACCAAACGAAACAACGUCUAGCCUACGAAACUAAGAUUAUUGCGUCGUCCAGUUCAUUUUAAGCCUUAGUUAUUUAUUUUUUUCUUUAUCAUUUAUUGUUGUUACAAUGGAUUUCGGUCUGCCACAUGUGCGGAUAGGGUAAUUCAACUUGUAAAUCUUUGCUAUGCGUAACGAUGUAGAAUUCCUGUAAAUUAAUUUGUAAAGUGAAUUGAACAAUAAAAUCAACUAUUAGAAGGAUAGUAGAUAUAUCUUGCACUUACUCCAGAUCCUGCUGAUACAUCUGCAAAAGCGGUCUAAAACUGGUUUUAUGAAAUUCAUACUGAGAUUUGUUAACUGAAAAGCAAUGACGGAAGCGUAAACUUUCAUAGCAAAUGAGUUCUAGCCUAUCGGAGGAGCGAAAGUUUUUUCUUUUUCACGAGUGAGAAAAAUAGCGCGUCCGUUAAUCAGAAUCGCGAACGAUGGUUUCUUUUCACAUGGAAAAAAUUUUGUUCAAACAAAAGCAACAGCUGUGCCUAAGUUACUAAGUUUAGUUUCGAGCAAAAUUUCCCGCCUUUAAUAGUUUUCACUCACGUGGUUAGCAGAUACGCAAAUUUGCUGGAACAAAAGAAAGCUUUUAUUUUAGAAAAAGAGUCAACUCACAGGGUUGGUUUGGAACACCAACAUGGCCGCUGUUUCAUAUUGUUCUGGAACACCAUGUGGCGGACGUGACGUCAUGCGAAAACUUCCUAUAGGUGCUUACAGCCACCACUGGUUCCCCGGGGGGGGGGGCGGGUACGAGGGGAUACUCCCUUAAGUCAUAUAGGUACGUGCCGCCCCAAAGGGUGGGGCUUUUCCGCUGUUUUGGUCUAAAAACGGGUAUAGACUUUGCCCAUUUUGGUCUGGAAUCGGGAAUGGGUAUCGAGGGAAUUACGGGAGUGUUGGAAUUUAAGAAAUCUUUUUUUGCUGUCCUAAUUUAAUAAGUAAUGAUGAUAUAAUUACUUAGAUGACAGGUCUGAAAACGGGUGUGAAAAAUGACAUUAUUUGGUCUGAAAUAGGGUCAGGAUUUGGAGAACCUGCCGGCACAUCAACGAGCGCAAUUUCAUACUGAUGACCCGGUACUGCCCAGAUCUUGUUAGUACCUCUGAUUGGUUAUUAAUAAAGUACGAAAUCUGUGAAGAGCCUGAGAAACAACAACAGAAGGGAAAAAACAGAACGUCUAUUUCACUCAAAUUGCCAGAGAUUUUGCUUAUUUUGCUUAGACUGUAAGCCUUAUACUCGGAACAAAAAGUUAACCGGGGGGUGGGGGGCGGCGGGGGGCUGCAAUUUCUGUAGACAAGACAAGACAAUGUCUGUAUUAACUAAUUAAUUUCGUAAUCUCAUUAUACGUUUUGCCAAGAGCCAUAAUAUGGCUCUUGGUUUUGCUCAGUGCUGUUUGAGAGCCAAGGACGCUUUCCUUCUUAUUUCAAGAUGUUGGUUAUCCUCUUCCAGGCUCCGAGAUAGUCGGGCCCGCAGGGAUUGAGAAAGCACGUACCUUUCACUUUUGCGUCUUCCCCACUAUCUGAGAGCCUGGAACAGGCUACAUAAAUAUGGGCGUAGCGAGAGGAAAGAAGCCUCUGUCUGCAGCCGUUCAUUCCCGUUCGAUAAUUUAGACAAUUAAAUUUUCUUGGAAAGUGCGCGCGGACGUUAUUUACGCACAAGUUAUUGAAGUAUCAGGGUGGAUUUCCACUGUCGCGUGUUUUUUACGUGCGUACGCCUCUCCUCUCCUUUGUAUUUUCAUGUUUGUGCGGACCCGACUAUCGUGGAGCCUGGAACGUAACAGGCUAAUAUUUAUGACGAAAAGGUAGCCUCUUUCCUCUCCCACCCCCGUUGCUCGCAGGCUAUCUCUACUCGCAGGGUUGCAGGGAGCAAACAAAGCCGGCAACAAACUCUGAAGAAUAAAACAUCUCGUCCACUAACAGGCGCGGAUCUAGGAUAAAUGGUGACCGAUUUCCUCAACGAGCGCCGAAACCGCAAGCUUCUUGGAGGUCCAGGGGCAUGCUCCCCCGGUAAAUGUUUUCGAUUUUAACUUUCUAAAGUCUCCUUUUUCGGGGUUCCGAGUCACUCAGAUAGGAUAUUGGCCAGUUCCAUUCACCUUGGAUAAAGCCUUGCAACUUGGAAAGUUCUUUAUUUAUUAAAAAUAUAUGUAUUUAAGAAAAAUCUGACCGAUUUCCGUAAAACGGUGGAAACCGGUGUGGAUCCGCGCCUGACUAAUGAACCACUAGUCAUAGCUGUUCAUUGAACGAAAACUUACGUUCAGUCCACUUUGUCGUGAAAAUGACUAUCAGAUAGCAGCCGAAAUCUUGCGAUUUAUAUCAAAAGUAACAACGCAUCGUGAGGCAAACUACAAGUUACUUUGUCAACGUUCCUUGCCACAAUCAUGGAUGUCCAAACCAAUCGUAACACUUCCACUAUACCGACUAUAACGUACCUAUAUCAAAUUAGCCCUUCAAGUAAAGAUAAGAAAGUCGAAAAUAUGUACUGUAAUAGCAAUGAAGAUAGACUGCAAAACAGUCCGUAUUUUUGCGUAUUCAAGUACGCGCGAGCAGUCAAACAAAAGGUCUGGAACGAGGCUGAAAACAGAGAGCGAGACUGGGGAGAGACGCUAAAGGAAAAACAGACCGUCGGUUUUUUUCUCUCUCCUCGCACGCCCUACGGGUGUGCGCGCCUCGUGCUCGUAAGACUCUUACGCCACGCUUUACCGAUUUCUUUACUGAUUUUGAGAAAAAAAUCGACUGUUUUGCAGUCUACAAUGAAGAUGGCUUCAUAGCCUAUGUGCUAAUGUCCAGCAAUGGAAAGGUAAAAAUGAUUGUCCUCUGUACCUACAAUCUUGCACAAAAUAGAUGGGAAAUUUAUACCUCCCGCUCCCACCAAUUCAAGGAUGGGAAUGUGGCGCAUUUUGGCUUUCGCACGGCUUCAUCAUUGAUUUAGGAGGGAUGAGGGUUAGCCCGCGAACAGCAGACCUAUUUCCGGUCGAGAGAAGCGACGACCGGAAGUACGUCUGCUGUUCGCGGGCUAGAUGAGGGUUUAUUCUGUCCAAUUGUAGAUGCAGAUGCAGUUCACUGAUCCCACUGGAUGAAAAAACAUAAAUCAACUUCCGGUUCCGGUUAAAUAAAUAUUGUUGUAGUUGCUAUUUUGAAUAUGGAAAAAUAUUAACCAGUGUAAAGCAGUUCGUUUUUUUUUUUAAAGAAGGAUUUUUUUGGAAAAUAGUUACUUUCGUUUGGGCAUUUUUUUCGGAAAAUCUGCGAGUUCAUUAAACCGGAAAUUGUUGAAAACAUGUGUCAAAGUGAGGCUGAGGGGUUUAUUUAUAGUUGAUCUUUAAAGCCUAUCGUCUGACUGUGAUCCAAGCAAGCUGUGACGGCCGGUCGUAAGUUUCUUCCUCUUCUUCUUGCGAUCAUGCCUCGUUCUUUUCUUGUGAAGAGGCGAAAGAGCGAAGAUACAAAAUCUGUUUCCGAUUCCGGUAAGUUAGAGGUGAACUUGAUUCUUUACUUAAAAUUCGCACGUGUACCGAACGAUCGAUCGGUCAUAUUCACUCGCGGUUCCUCUUCACUGCCUGGGUACGGUUGAUUUCAGAUGUCAACACGCAGAGACAGAACUCUCUAUUCCACAUCACUGGUCGAGCCGCUGGGAAAAUUGGAAAAUGAUCUGCGUUUAUGUUAAGAAGAAUAUUGCUUUAAUUAAUUCAAGUUUAUUCGAACUGCUUACCGAUUCAUUAUUCAACUUACAUUUGCAAAAUCAUAUCACAGACGUACAUUAACCCGUUGAGAUUUUUCAGCGACGAGAGAGAAAUUGUACAAUUUCAUUCAUCUGCGCCUCCAUGGGGAAAAGAGUUUAAUCUGGUUUUCUUGGUUUUAAGCGGGCUUUUUAGCGUUUAGAAAUCUUCAGAGUCUUUUUCUUAUUAGCACUUUUGCAAGUAACAGUAAUUUUAGUAUACACACACCUGGGAUGCUGACGGCAGAUGUUUUGCAAACUUGCUGGCCCGGGUGGCGAUUUUCUGUUUGAAUUUUCACAGCUUUGACAAGGGGAUUACCAGUGGAUGAAAUUCCACUUUUUUCCGGGAUGUGUAAAUUUCUCCUCGUUUUCGAUUGCUGUUUAAGGUCGAUACCAGGCAACUUGAACACAAAAACCAAUGGAAAUGUUGUCCUAUGAAUUUUCGCCAUAAAUUAAAACGGUUCUGUAAACAUGUGAAGCCUAAUGUCACAGCUGUUCCGAGGGGAUUGAAUUCAGCAAUAAAAAUACAAACAACCACGCGUAAAAAAAAGAGAAAAAAAUAAUGUAAAAAGCGGGAAAGCAAAACUUUGGAAUCUGGCAUAAGAAAAGGGGGGCUAAAUUUGCUUAAGCUUGGAGUGAAAUUUCAAGACAACUAAAUUAUGAUAAGACAGCGCGGGAAACGUUAAAUGAAGCCCGGAAGGCCUGCUGCGUUCAGGUCUUGAAAUGCCCUCUAUCUUUACUAAUAAAAACGAAAAGUUAUGAAUUUUAAUCAAAGCGGAGGAAAAUCUUGAGAGCAUUAGCCCUAAGAAUAAAGACGAGAACCUUACGAACGUCUCUCUAAGAUGAUUUGUAUCAGGAGCUAUUUUGAAUGAUAAUCCUUGGGGAAAACUGGAAAAAUAAAAUCCUCCGACGAUAGCCUAGGAUCAUUGUGAUAUCAUUGUGUACAUUAUUCCGAGAUUUGUUUAUUUCACGCUGGAUAAAUGAAACUUUCUAGAAAAAAGGCGGGAGAAAAUUAAAUGCUCAAAAAAUGUACUUCUUCUUUGAAAUAUGUUAAUAUACAUUUAAAAGGAAGAUCUAAAGCGGGCUUGUUAAUGAUGUUGGUAAUCCGAAUAAAGGCAAAUUUUCCUUUCAAGAAUAAAGGGGGUAUCGUCAAAAAAUCGAAUUCGACGCCUGGACACACGCAAAAGUGACAAUAUUUUAUUUGCUAUGUUAAUUUUAGUUUUUUCUUUCAUUAGAAAGGAUUCAUUUUUCAUUUCAAAACUUUUCACUUUUCAAUCGUAAAAAGCUUUCAUUGACGUUCUGUAUAAUAAAGAAAAAAAUCAGGUGAAUGAUAAAUCAUGACAAUUUUGAUUUUGAAACAGGGAACUCUUUAGAUAGACUGACAAAAGGCUUUUACGAGAACAAAUUUAAAUGAAAGAUAAAUAAUUUUUUUUAGCUGUUGAAGAUGUAUUCUUUAUGUCGAAACAGAUGUUCAAUACGUUGCUGAUAACAAUACAACAUUUUAAGCGCUCGUAUAAAGCUUUUUUCCUGCGUUUGUUUUCUGUCGAAGCAAUUUGGAAAUCGACGGUGGCUUUUUCAGAACGCCUUAUCAGUCAUAAAAUGAAACAUUUGUUCCAAACACUCGGAAAAGGUCGGAAGAUAUCAUCACUUAUUAAAUUUCUUAUUCACCUCUGGUGAAAAGUCAGCUAAAAAAUUGUAAUUCAAGUCUGGAAAGCAACGUGGAAACAACUGUGCCCCAGAGAAACCAUUUGUCGCGUCGUUUUCGUUAAGCUCUAAUUUGUAGAUUGUUUGCCCGGGGAAAGCGUUUUGUGCAAUACGAGAAAAAUGGAAAAUAGCAUAUGGAAAAUCGAUUUUUUUGGGCCUGUAUGUUGUCUGUGGCUUUUAAAAAGAUCGCCGUUAGCCAAAACUAGAUAUUCCAAGAAUGCUUAUUUUUGAUAACGCAUGCAAACGAAAACAGCUGGGCUUCAGGUGGAUCUUUGAUAUGCGCCUUUUAGAAGAAAAUGGGCGUUUUUACCGCGCAGAAAUGGUUUCAGUUUUAGUGAAUUAAGCCGCUUGAUGGGCCAUUGUAUUACAAGUCUUUUUAUCCCAAAACAAUUGAGUUCUGAAACUCAAACCACUGCAAUAUGAAAGGAGAAAAUGAGGAAAAACAAAACAAUAGUUAGCUUCUUCUUCCAGAUGGUUUACAUGUAUUUUCUACAUUUUUGCAUCUGGCAUUUCCUGCUGUUUUUCAAUAAGAUUAAGUUAUGUGUGUGUUAUCGAGUAUCUCAAUUUAAAAGCCACGGUUUCGACGGUAAACACUUAGGGAAAAAAACAUUCUCGCCUAGAUCUGCACUGAACAUAGAAAAAGUUGAAAAAUGGUUUGAAAGUUUCGUUUGAUCACCUGUAAAGAAAAAAAGGGGGCAACGUUAUUACAAUAAUCUCCCUCGGAGCAAGAUCAAGUUUAAUAAACGAAAUUUCGCAUUUUACGACUCGUAAUUAAAAAAGCCCAUGCAAUAUCAGCCCUCUGUAAAGUUGUACUUUUGAGUUCCCAGCCUCAGGUCAUCGUACUAAAUUUUUCAUAUAAAUGAAGAUUUUCUUUUCACAUUAAUUACUUUGUAAUAAAGGGUUUUUAUUUAACGCGUUUUGCAUAUGCAAAACCGCCGCCAUUUCCGACCGCUCAUAAAGAAGCAAAUGUUGUUUUUCCUCAGUUCACUUUUACAUGCACUCAUCCACCGACAGCGAUAGAUUAAAAUUCUGUUCUGCACUUUCCGCUGCAUUAACAGCCCGUGUUAUUGUUUCCCAGGAAAUUAAAAGCGCAAUAAAAGAAAAGAUGUCGAGGAUCCGUCGCGCGUUUUUUAAAAAUACAGUACCCUUCGAUCAGAUUCUCUUUCAAUCUUCCUACAUAUUAGAGACAUUAGAAGGAAACCCUGCUCCCAGGGUAUUAAAGAAGUGGUUUAUCUAUUUUUUCGGUUGAUGAAAUAUUCUAUUGCUUAGGACUCCCACCUGCUCAGAAUGUACAAACACUAAAAAAGGAACAAUUGACCACUCACUUCCGCAGGCAGAGCCCACUUGUCACACAUGUUGUCACGCUUAUUGCGUGACAAAUCAAGUCACUCACUUUCGUUCCACCACCAGCGUGGCGUUCCCGGGGCGGGGGGGAAUUACUUGACCAAUAUUUGGGUAUAGGCGAGUUACUGAGGGUUUAAAACCCUGACCUUGUUUAGGACAAAAAAAGUCCUAAAAUAUAAACCCUGUUUAGGACAAAGGACAAAAUGCAAGCUGUCUUGUUUUAAAGCCAUUUAUUGGCAAUUGCAAUAGGGCAAAUUCACUCUGUCAUAGCUUUUGUGUACUUGGAGUGCACAUAAAUUUCAUCAAACAAGUCAAAUCAAUCGUACAGGCCAUACCCUGUUACCAUGUUUAAGACGAGAUCUUUUUUUGAGGCCCAAACAUAACACUCUGUUUAAGAAGUUCUCCAUUGUUUCUCCGGUUUGGGUUUAAUGAGUUUUUUUUAAUUAUAAACGCAUCACCGACCACAUAUGAAGACCCUGACUGUACCAUCAAGGUUUGCACCGUACUGAAAGCUUCAGUUCGAGGAAGAUACCCUGUUCAAGGCACUAAAUAUUGAGAUUGUAUGCCCUGUUUAAGGCUCGAGAGCCUCAAUCUGUUUGACGGCACAUAAUUGUUUUGGCCAGAUAUUGAUAAGGGAGUGACCCCUGCCCCCUGGGGGUAAAUUAUAUACCCAGUGUUUCAUCAAUAUUAAAAGUCAAAGAUGUUUAAUUCAACCUGUUCUUUGCCUUUUUUCAGAAAUUAAAGAUGGCAUCAAAAAGGAUAGAUUGAACCAUGAGGUUGAACAACAAACAGCUGUACCCUCCAACCAGCAUGUGGGUUUUCAUCCAUCAUCACAUUUGAAUUUAUUGGAAAGAAAUCACGCAGUUUGGAAUCAUUCAAACACUUCCUGUUUUCACUAUACAGCAGGAUUACUAGGACAUCACAUGAUUGACAGUUUCGUCAAUCUGGCACCAAGCCAUACGUGUGUGAAACAUUGCUGUUGUGACUGCUUUCAUAGAAAACUUGAACAGAAUACUGGAUGUUUGAGCUGUCUUUCUUCAGCACCUAAAACCCUGCCUGACGUCACCCAACAUCUUGCAUUGCCACGACGUUGCAGUGGCACAAACCAUGACUGUGCCUGUCAUAUAAUUUACUUUCCAAAGCGUGAACCAUUUUAUCCAAAGUCUUUGCCGGCAACAUUAAAAGGAGAGGAAUUCAAUGAAAAAGAAGUUAGGCAGAGAGUAGAAAAGAGACCCAUAGGCCUUGUAGACAAGGACAUCGAAAGAGUUGUAAGCUCAGAUACUGACCUCAAAGUUUUACCAAAGGAGAAAAUGUCAAUCAAUAAAAGUACUUACAAAGAAGACAUGGAAGGAACAAUGGAUGAGAAUCCUGCGAAGAAAAUAAAGAUGUCAGUCACAAAUGUUUCGGAUACCAAAGUCAAGUAUGACAGUGGGAAAAUUUCUACAUUACAGGAAACAACUCAAUUAAAGAUCACUGAGGUCAAGAAAAGAAACGAUUAUGAGACAGAAAGCGCAUUGGCAUCUCGUAAAAAGAUUAAAAGAGAAAUCUCUCAGCCAAAGAAUGCAGGUACUGACAAGAAAGAGCUCUGUAAUAGUGAAGUUAACAGCCAGGAAAAACAUGAGACAAUGCCAGUGAAUGUCCAGCAAACUUUACCUCGUAAGGUGGCAAGAAAGCCACAGCAUUCAAAAUCAAAACGAGCUGGCAAAGAUGGCAUUGUAAAGCAUUAUAACACAAGGGUUGCAACAACUCGGCCAAGAGUUUACAGUUCUGACUUUGUUAGUCCAGAAGAGGAAGAUGACUGGAAGCAGGAUGGGGAAGAAUUCCAAAUGAAAGGUCGACAGAGGUCAAAACUAAACAGACUGCUAGCAAAUGAACAUGAGCGCCGAAGAGUUGCCCAGUUGAAUAACGCAUACCAGGAUUUGAGGCAGUUAAUCCCAGGAUAUCAGUGUGACACUAAACUCCCCAAAAUCAAAAUACUGAAAUAUGCUAUUAAUUACAUAGCACAUUUAGAUACAAUUCUAGGGGGUGGAAGUAUACAGGAGGUGUAA